AUGUUUCGCUCCCGGUUAAGAACGUCGGGCCUGGCCCUGGCCCAGAGCCUGCGACCCUCGACGACCUCGACAACUUGCACAUUCGUCGCGCCGCUCGCCGCUCGCUCGAUCCACCAUGUACCAAACCUGACGCACGACUUCUCCAAUGGCAUUCCUACCCUCAUGAGCCCCGGCGGCUUCAGCAUUGCCUGGUCAGAAUACAUGGCGUUUACGGUAGAGAAGCUCAACGCCCUGACAGCAGGCACCGAACUCGAGGAUAAGGACACCAAGACCAUCGCCCUCAUGACGGCUCGCGAACCCAACCAGGCGCCCAUCUUCAACUACGCCUCCAUGGCUCACAACAACCACUUCUACUUCCAGGGCAUCGCCCCCGCUCCCGUCGCGAUGCCCGAAAAGCUGCGCGUCGACAUUGAAGCUUCCUUUUCCUCCGUCGAGACGCUCCGUCGCGAGAUGGUCCUUACGGCUUCAGCCAUGUUUGGCCCCGGCUUCGUCUGGCUCGUCAAAGCCGGUCCCGGGGCCUAUCGUGUCGUCUCGACCUACCUCGCCGGUUCCCCCUACCCGGGCGCCCACUGGCGCGCCCAGUCAACCGACAUGAACACCGUCGGCGACCAGGGCAGCGCCCGUUCUUGGUUCCGCACCCAGACGGGCCCGCAACAUCGUGGCGGCAACCUUCCCCCCGGCGGCAUUGAGCUGCAGCCCCUUCUAUGCCUCAACACCUGGGAGCACGCGUGGCUUUUGGAUUGGGGUCACGGCGCCGGCGGUCAGGGUGGCAAGGCUGCGUUUGCCGAGGCUUGGUGGGGGAUUGUUGACUGGGAACUUGUUUCGAACAGGGCUGGCCUAACGCGCCUUGCCCUCAAGGAUGCCCAAUAA